GGCAUUGUUCAAUGGGGGAUUGCUUAAUCGAUAAACGCCGUGGCGACAGAUCCAAAUGGUCCUAUGUAUUACAAUGGGAUUUACCAUUUAUUCUAUCAAUACAACCCCAAAGGUGCAGUUUGGGGCAACAUAGUUUGGGCUCAUUCAGUAUCCAAAGACAUGGUCAAUUGGGAAGCUCUCGAGCCUGCAAUUUAUCCUUCAGAAUCUUUUGAUAUCAACGGGUGUUGGUCAGGAUCCGCUACGGUUCUUCCGGAAAAUAAGCCUGUAAUUUUCUACACAGGGAUUGAUCCUAAUCAAUAUCAAGUGCAAAACUAUGCUGUUCCAGAGAACUUAUCUGACCCUUAUUUGCGUAAAUGGGUCAAACCGGCUGACAACCCUAUCGUGGUUGCCGAUGAAACCAUGAAUAAAACCGCUUUCCGUGACCCAACAACUGCUUGGAAGAUCGGUGGGCAUUGGAGAAUGGUGGUGGCUAGCCGAAAACAGAGAGGGAUUGCUUAUUUGUAUAGAAGUAGGGAUUUCAGGAAAUGGGUAAAGGCCAAACAUCCUUUACAUUCGGUGCCCAAUACUGGCAUGUUUGAAUGUGCAGAUUUUUUCCCAGUGUCAUUGUCUGGGGACACUGGCCUUGACAACUCUGCUUUUGGCCCUAAUGUUAAGCAUGUUUUGAAGGUAAGCUUAGAUCUUACAAGGUAUGAGUAUUAUAAUAUAGGUUCGUAUUUCCCAGAAGCAAGGGAUAAAUAUGUGGUUGGUAAGGGGUUUGUUGAUGGUUGGAAUGGGCUUAGAUUUGACUACGGGAAUUUUUAUGCUUCAAAGACAUUUUUUGACCCUUCAAAGAAUAGGAGGAUUUUAUGGGGUUGGACCAAUGAAUCGGAUACUGCUAAAGAUGAUGUUCAGAAAGGAUGGGCUGGUCUUCAGGCAAUUCCAAGGAAGGUGUGGCUUGAUCCUAGUGGGAAGCAGUUGCUGCAAUGGCCUAUUGAAGAAAUAGAGACUCUUAGAGGCCAAAAUGUUCAAUUGAGCAAUCAAGAACUCAAGUCGGGAGAACAUAUUGAAGUCAAAGGAAUUACUGCUGCUCAGGCUGAUGUUGACAUUACCUUCUCCAUACCUAACUUGGACAAAGCUGAACCGUUUGAUCCUAGCUGGACCAAUGCUCAGGAUCUCUGUGGCCUUAAGGGUUCAACUGUUCAAGGUGGCGUUGGAUCGUUUGGGCUCCUAACAUUAGCUUCAGAAAAGUUAGAAGAAUAUACCCCUGUUUUUUUCAGGGUAUUUACAGGUCUAUACAAGCAUGUUGUUCUCUUAUGCUCAGAUUCUGGGAGUUCAUCCUUGAGGAAAGAGGGGCUAUACAAACCAUCUUUUGCAGGAUUUGUAGAUGUAGAUUUGGAUGAUACAUAUAAGAUUUCACUUAGGACUUUGAUUGAUUACUCGGUGGUGGAGAGUUUCGGGGCCGGGGGAAAAACAUGCAUCACUUCGAGAGUAUAUCCAUUGGUAGCAGUGUUUGAUGAUGCUCACUUGUUUGUCUUCAACAAUGGGACUGAGACAAUCACUGCAGAUGUUGAAGCUUGGAGUAUGGCAAAGCCUGAUCAGAUGAACAAUUGAAACAUUCAGGCAAGGAUGACAUAUAUGGCAGAUUAGGUUUAGGGUUGAGAAAUAAUGAAGUAUCUAACAGUUGCUGAGAAAAUGUACUUUGUUAUUAGAUACUUUCUUUAGGCCAUUAUUUUACAGUUUUUUUAAUAUAAAUGUCAAGUGUUCGCUACCCAUAAACAAGAGUUGAAAAUUUGACAGUCUUAUAUAAUU